GUCCUAAGCCUUUGAAGAAGUUAGAAAAAGCAAGGCAAAUGAGUUAUUUCUACAGGGUUGUAUGGUCAGGAGGUAAAACAUAUCAAGUGUUUGGGUUUGAUGGACAGUUUGUGGUUGACAAAGGGUAGCUUACCUGCACUUGCAGGAGGUGGCAACUGACAGGCAUACCCUGCCAUCAUGCCAUUGCUUCAAUGAAUGACAAUGGUGAGGAACCUCAGAAUUUUAUGGAUGACUGCUAUAGGAUUUCCACUUAUCUUAGGACAUAUAGCCAUCUGCUCAAUCCAACAAAUGGUAAGGAUCUGUGGCCUAAAAGUACUGAUCCACCAAUUACACCCCCUAAGGCUGUCAAUUUCAAAAGGGGUAGAAAACAAUUGCUGAGAAGAAGGGAAGAUGAUGAGUUAGAUAGGGGCAGAAGUAGUGGCAUAGUCAAUGGUAAAGUCACAAGAAAGGGUACAAUCUCAAAGUGCUCCCUCUGUGGGAAGAGAGGGCACAACAAGAAAGUUCAUGAAAAGGAGAAUGGUGCUGCUGCAGGUACAAAUACAAUACCUCUUGGACCUAGAAAUGAGCAUGCUACUGCUGGUGUGAGUGAUGUUAGGCCUUCAGAGGAAGUCAUGCCUUCAGAGGAAGUCAUGCCUUCUGUGGAUGACCUGCCUCCAUUCUUUGGCACUCAGGAAGAGAUGCCUCCACCAGCAGGUACACAAGAUGAUUUGCCUCCACCAGUUGGUACUCAGGAAGAGAUGCCUGAGGAAGUGAUGCCUCCACCAGUUGGUACUCAUGAGGAGAUGCCUCAUGAAGUUAUGCCUCCACCAGUAGGUACUCAACAUGUUCCUCCACCUGCAAAGAAACCCAGCCCAAUGGAUGAUUUGGUUGGACAGAAGACAAGGAGGCUGGUGGACAUUACUGGACCUUUGAAAGCAUCUGGAAGACCCAAAUUUACAGCUCCAACCAGAUCUGCAAGACCCAAAUCUUCAGCUAUUUCUACAAGAGCCAGAUCUGGAACUAAAGGGAUUAGGUCCACUGUGCAGCCAACUCCAACAAUGCAGCUUGUUCGAACUACUCCUGGGAGAACUAAAUCUCAAGCUAAGAGGACUCAGGCCACUGUGCACUCAAGUCCAAAUGCUAAAGCUCCAACUUCAACUGGCCUUACAACUUUUGGAAGUGUGAAUGCAGUGGCCAAGCCACAGCUGCCUAGACCUGCAAAGCUCCAUGUUAAAAGAAAGUUGGAUUCAUCAUUUGCAGCACAACCGACGCCAAAGAUGAAUCUGAAGGCACAAGCUUCAAGCAGUCCUGCAGUUCCAACCACAACCACAUCCACAAGAUCUGUUAUCCCCUCAACAACAAGGAAGAGAAAUGUAUGGGUUCCACCAGGUCCAGCCUCAAAGAAAGAGCUCUGAAGUCAACAAUAUGGGGACAAUUUUUUGCACAGUUUAAGUGUGUGGGGCAUCAGUACUUUUAAUUAAAUAUGUUAUUUUGUUACAAUGGGGGGACCAUUGUUAGGUUUUAGGAAGAAUAUUUAACUUUUGCUUUUGUCAAGUUGGUGGUGCAUUAUUGCACUGCAUCUACCCCACUAUGUUUUUUGCAUUGUGCUGUUAUGUUAGGUGGGUGUAUGUAUUUAGGUUGAAUAUUACAUAUUGCUUUGAAUGUAUUAGAUGCAGCAUUUUAUCUCUUGUA